AUGUCGGUAAGCGGCCGGGUGCGGACAGAAAACAGGUGCCUCGGUUCAGCCAGCGGCUUUGUUCACGUGGAAAGGCCGCCUUACAUGGGUGGCGGUAGUGAAAGGAUGAAGGCGGGACGAAGUAGGACCGUCUCUAAAAGAUUAUUUCGUUUAGUUUAUGUGAACCGAAAUAGGCUUGUUGUUGGGGUCGUGAUGUUGCUUGUAUUGUUUUUCCUGUGCACGUUAUCUACUCGGUCUGCUAACACUGCAUCUGCUGGAUAUUCCACGGGCUCCGCUAGAAUUUCUGAGAAAAGUCUGUACAGACUGGAUAUUGGAUGGCCUAGGUUUCCAGAAGUUUUCACAGGUCAAGUGUUUGCUGUUGCAGUUGACCCAGUGUCUGAUGUUGUUUACGUAGCACAGAGAGGGGAAUCUGUACCAAAAAUGUUAAUGUUUACAGAAGGAGGAUUCUUCCUCCGAGCAUGGAACACCACAACAAUUGAAAUGCCUCAUGGGAUAUUUGCAGCUAAGACCUCUCCUGCCACAUCUUUGUGGGUGACAGAUGUUGGAAAUGGAAAGUAUGGGCACACCAUCAAACAGUACAGCCAAUCUGGAAAGCUUCUUCAAACUCUGGGGACACCUGGGCAUCCAGGCUCAUUCUUGGAUCCAUUGCAGUUCGAUCAACCAGCAGAAGUGUAUGUUUCCAGUAAGGGGGAAAUGUAUAUUGUGGAUGGUGAUGGAGGCUUAAACAACAGACUAAUCAAACUGGAGCUAGGUUUUGGUGUCGCUUGGAUGAAAGGAGAAAAGGGAGAUGAGCCUUCCCAGUUUUACAUUCCACACAGUGUAACUGAAGAUAAUGUAGGGAGGAUUUGGGUAGCUGACAGAGGCAACAUGCGUUUACAAGCAUUUGAUGCAGAGACAGGUCAGUGGAUCGGAGCUUGGUCCAGUUGCUUCACAGACGAUGGUCCCUCCUCUGUAAGAUUGACGUAUGACAACAAGUUCUUCGUUGUGACCCAGUUGAAAAUCAACAGAGUGCUGUUUCUAUCUGUUCCAUCAGUAGGUGACAUUGGGGUGUGUUACAUAGCUGAUACAAUCCAAUUAGCUGAUGAUGUAAAGCCCCAUCUUGUGGAUGUUAGUCGUAAAACUGGUGCUAUUUAUAUUGCAGAAAUUGGUGCACAGCAAGCACAGAAAUUUGUACCUAAUACUAGAAAAUAAUUCUUAAGCUUUCCAAUGCUGUUAUACUGGCACUUUCACACUGGUGGUUUGAAAUGUACAUCAGAUUUAAAGUGGUGCUGUCAUGGGUGAGAUGGUAUGAUGUGAACCCCGAGCAGACUAUUGCAAAGCCAUCUACGAUACAGUCCAAUAACCUUUCUUGUAUAAUUUUUCAUUUGCAUUAGAUGUGAUUUAAAACCAGACUUUUAAAGUUCUCCAACUGAGAAUGAAACCAAUAAGAUCCCAGGUUCAAUUCUUGACUUGAAUUGAGUUUAUUAAUCUUGUGGUUACAUUAAGAACAAUAUUAAUACACUCCAUUACUUCUGCCUCAAGUCCCAGGGGAAAAAAAGCUUGUGGUUCCUUUUGGAGGUGAAUGACAGUAGAUUUUGAGCAAAGAAAUUAAGAGCCUUUUAUAACAAUCUGCUGAGACCCGCUAACACACGGUUUAUGUGUUUAUAAUUGACUUCUUGAGUGAAAUCCACUUGUGGAGCUAUAUGCCAAAAA